UGAAGUCCCGGUGGGCGCUGGAAAAAUCGCUGCAAAAAGUGGGAAUCAUUUUGGUUGGAUACACUCCAGGGAGGAUUCUAAAAUAUGCAAUUCAAAACCAUCAAACCAAAGGAUCCAUCACUGGUGUCUUACUUCAUCCUUUGCUUUUUGCGGAUUGUGCUCGUGUUCGUGCCGCAACUCGGCUAUCUUCAUCCGGAUGAGUUUUUCCAAUCGGUGGAGGUCAUCGUUGGUGACGAGUAUGGGCUGGAGGUGACACGAUCGUGGGAGUUUAACAGCACCUUCCCGGUGCGCUCGAUAGCGGUCUCCUACCUGGGGCUCAAGAUUCCGUUCUCCUGCCUGCGCUUUCUGUCGAUGUACACCAACUACUAUCUCGGCCUCAACCUGCGCGGUAGCUACGUAACGCUCGUCUUUCCCCGCCUACUGAUGGUGGCGCUUUCGUUCGUAAAUGACUGGAGCCUCUAUCGCAUCUGUCGUUCGUACGGCCUGCAGUACCAGUUUCGCCUACUUACGCUCGCCAGCUCGUACGUGAUGCUAGUGUACGCAACGCACACGUUCUCCAACUCGAUCGAGAUGGCACUGUGCUCGCUGCUGCUGUACAUCGUGAGCGAUUGUAUGAUCCAUUCCAACACCAUCAUCUAUCAGCGUGAGUUUCUGGAGGAAAAGUAUCGUGCCGCUCAGCGAACGGUUGAGAAGGUCCGGUUCUACAAGCUCAAGAUGUCGUUGCCUUCACACUCACUGAACCACUGCUUUCUGAUGGCGACGCUGUGCGUCGUAGGGGUGUUUAACCGACCAACGUUCCUACUGUUCGGUAUGCCACUCGUCUUUCACUGGAUGCUGCGCGGAAUGGGAACACGGACGGUAUCGUUUACCGAUUUCAAUAUGCGCAUCUUCAUCUUCGUACUGUCCGCCUUACCGGCCCUGAUCGUGUGCAUUCUGAUCGAUUCCAUCUACUAUGGCUACCUGACAUUGGCUGAGCUGGAGCGACAGGAUAUUGGAAUCAAUAACUUUGUCGUCACGCCGGUCAACUUUAUCCGAUACAACAUUGUAUCGGAGAACACUGGCCAACAUGGUGUGCAUCCGUUCUAUACGCACCUGCUCGUAAACAUUCCACUUCUUUACAAUGUGCUCGGAGUCAUUGCCAUCCUUUCGUUGCUUCUUAUGAUGUAUCGGUUCGCCGCGAACGAGUACACCAGCUUGCCCAGAGCGCAAUCCUUCGUCGGACUGAUGCUGUCGGCCAUCUUCUUUCCCGUGAUUUGCCUUUCGCUGAUUAACCAUCAGGAGGCACGCUUCCUGAUACCGAUCACCGUGCCACUGGUGCUACUGCACGCACCGAAGCUGCAGGCCGGCCUUGCCUCGAGCUAUCCAUUCAAGGUACCGUCCAGGUUGAAGGACUUUCUCUACCACAACGUGCUCGGCCCAUCGGUGAGCCCAAAGUAUCUGCUGAAACUGUGGUACACCGCUAAUGUGGUGCUGACGCUGUUCUACGGUUUCCUGCACCAGGGCGGCGUUUAUCAGAUGGCCGACUACUUUAGCCGCCAGGUGGACGUCCGGUCGGCCGACGUUCAUCUGCAUCUCGUCACGAGCCACAUCUACAGUAUGCCCCAGUGCUUUCUCGGUCUGCCGAGCACGGAAACCCUUCUCAUUAGCCCCGAUAGUGGCCAGAAGUAUCGCCGAAAGAAGCAGUUCUUCCUGUACGAGUACGGGUCGCUCGAGCUGGAGCAACUGUACCGAAAGCUGAAGCUUCUCGUCGAUGUUUGCGAGAUGCGUUCGAUUAGUUCGGAGCAGCGCUACCGACUGUACCUGGCCAUUCCGUCCAGCCUGUCCGAGCAGUUGAAUGACAUCUUCCAGAACCGUACCAGCGCACUCAUUAAGCACAGCCAGGUGCGUGCCUUCUAUCCGCACCUUUCGACGGAAGCGAUGCCGAAGGUGUUUGGGCAGCAUCCGUGUGGCAUCAAUACGGAUGUGGACGAGCUCGAUGAUACAUGUCCGAUUUAUGCGCGCGAUGAUGAGCAGAAUCCGUUCGGGGUGGCACGGAUGCUGAAGCAGUUUUCCUCGGUGGUGCACCAGUUCGGUCUGAUCCUGUACCGCAUUGAGGUGCGACGCAUCAAAUAGCAGCGAACCAAGCCAACCGAGUUCGGCGGAACCAUCAUCCGGAGUGAGGUGACGACGACGACGACAACCUGGGUUUGGAGUGAUACACGAAGCUAGUCAUCGAUUUAGUUCCGGAUUUCCGUAUAAUCCGUUCACAGUUCCACAUUUUCCACAGUAUGUUAAGCACACACGCGCUCGCCAUCGUUCCAAACGCACUUAGCUGAGAGUAUCGUACAAAGACUUAGUUUUUUUUAUUGAAUAAAAAUCGAAUGCUUGCGGCGAAUGCCAAUAAUGGA